AAGCUAUGAGCAUAACUGUCACUUCAUAUAGCAGAAGUCCUGGAAGCAACUCAGCGUUCGCAAGCACCGAGAUAACCUGAGAGUAGUACUUCUCGGCAGAUGAAGAAGCAGCAUGGACAUUCCCCUGUUUGGUCGUAAGCGGCAUCUGUUACUUGGAUGUGAUGAUCAGCUUCCACUCCGUAGGAGAAAAUGCUUGAUGGACUGGUCAGAGUCAGCUGCGCAUUCAGGCAGACUGAUGACAAGCAGUUCUUCCACUUGGUUGUUCGACGCGUGUGUGAACAGGUGGAAGAACAAUCACCAGAACACAUUGGAGCUACUGGAGUUGACGCGGCUCUGGGCCAACACCGAAAGUUCUGUGCAGAAAGUUUUAGAGCGACUCAAAGCCAAACGGGGCGACGUCUUCCUAGACCACGUGGUGAACGGCAAGUUUCUAGCCUUUCACAAAGACAUCACGGAUGAAUAUGGCAUGGAAGACAAGCAGCAUUCGUGGGCGGUCAUCGAAAAACAGGAAGAGGUCGUCAUGUAUGGGCCUUAUUAUCCUAACUACAACAGCGGAGAACACAGUGAGGACGUUGUCAUUACACAAACUCAAGAGCUUCUGGAGGCAGAGGACUUUCCUCAAGGCUGGACAGUGUAUAUUUUCACCAUGAACAGUCCAUGUUUGGCAAGAAAUUCGGACCCAUGCAUGCUAAACCUCGUACGUAGGGCCCGGGGCUGGUGGAGCAUGUUUGCAGUAAAGACUUACAUUGGCUAUGUGAGAAGUUGGGGCUUUAAAGGAAACAAAGAAAAUGUUUUUAAGGAAGUCAAUUACAGACAAGUGGAAAUUAUUUCUCAAAGUGUGGACUAUGGGAGCUACGUCGAAUCAGUUGAUAAGAUCGAUGAUCUCAGUCCUUUGUGUGAAACUGUGUUUUUUGUUGCUAAGGACUUACUGAAAGGUGAGAAGCUCAACUUCCCUUUGGUAACCACAGAAGAAAAACAGGAACAGAAGAGUUACUUCAAAAAUAUGAACGGUAUUCUUGAGUCCAAACAGGAAGAGGAGAAGAAACUCCUCAUAAAGGAGCUGAAUGCACUUGCGGAAGCAGCAGAGACCCUGCUUUUAGGUGAAAAUCAAGUCUUAGAGGAACAUUUGGAGAAAGGAAAAGUGUUUUCACUCAGUUACACUUUCAGCUCAGAGGUAUGUGAAGGCCUCCAGGAAGAAAUGAGAGUCAGGUUUCAACAGUGCUGGAGGGAGACAGUACAGGACAGGUGUGCGGAGUUUGUCAGGGAAAAGCUGACUGAUGAGUUUAAUCAACUCACUGUUCGGCUUUUUGUCGAGGACAUUCACAGGCUUACUCAAGCAUAUUUGCAAAUCGGAAAAUUGAAGUUUUAAGAUUCAAAUCCUUAGUAAAACUGAGGGUUUGGAAAGAUUAUGGGAAUAGUAGCGUUAGGAAUCCCCUGUCAUGCAUUGAAAACUAUCAAAAAUCUCGCCCGUCACUUAUAUUACGUCAAAAUGCUUUCUCUUUAUUACAUUUGCGUACAGUAUAUCACAAAUAACAGAGUACAUGAUUAUAGUGGAGUGAUGUUUUUACAGAAGCUUGUACAUUUCUCAUUCUUGUAAUUACAUAUGGUAGUAUCCCACAUUUACACUGGUUAUCUCUCGUUAGCAGCCGAUUAGAAAGCAUUGCAAAUAUUCUAUACAGUUUUACCCAUCAAUAACCAUAUUAUAUAGGACGUGAAUUUUAAUGUAGAUUCCCACAAACAUUUCAAAGGCCCCGUGUGCUACUGCCUAGAAGAUGUCGAUCUGAUCCUAAGCCAGCAGAGGGCGCUGUGUGCCUGCUGUCACGCUCUCAUUAGGUAGUUUGUCUUUGUAACUUUUUCAGACGUGACGUACAAUUAAGGAAUUACAGCCAAUGAGCCACGACGGAGGAGUUCUUGUUGCACUAAACUGUAGAUCACUUUCGCUGAGGUAAUACUUAGGGUGAGGAGUGACGGAUGAGACAGACUAGGAGGAAUUUACAGGAAUAGUUUGUAUUCAUUUAUUUUGCCUCGGUUGUUUUGCUGAGUGUUUCACAAUUUCUAACUGAUUUUUUUUUUCCUUUUAAAAGACUUUUAGGUCUUCUUGGAUGCUGUGCAUCUUAGAGGAUUUUUGCUGUUACUUCUUUACUUGUAAACAAUUGUUAUGAUGCAUAGCCGUAGCUACUGUUUUCCUGAUAGGUGAGCCAGGGUUCCUCCUCUGUUGAAAAGACUUAAAAACUGUGACCUUUGCUUUUAUAAUUACCAAGGUCUGGCUGUGAAAUCAAAUAGAGUAAGGAAUACAUUUGUUUUUCCAGACUUUUUUUUCUUGCUUCAUACUCUAAAGAAUAAAAAUCUGUUAAUGCUUAACAAAUGCAAUUUACUUUAGUUAUUUAUAUUUGAACGAUGUAUUUUAACUUUGAUUUACCACCUCUGAACUUGAAUUUAACAUUUUAUCCAUGACUGAACACACAUUUUUUCAAACAUUUAAAGACAUAUUUUGCAACUUUUUUGUUGUAUUCAAAACAAUUUCUGGUUUAAUGAAAUUGUUACUGUGGGUCUGAAGGAAUAUUCUUAGUCAUAUCCGAGAGUCCUUGCAAAUCCAAGAAUUAUUUAUUUUACUCCAGACCUGAGUGAAGCUGUGAAACAUCCGUACUCCACAUUCCGAAAAAGUUGACUUCAACAUUUUUUUUUUGUUUUAUUUGUAGAAUCUAAAGGAAACAUGACCCUUAGA